AAAGAAAAGUGACAUUUUCAUGAAUGGACGACGGACGACGAAGUGCGCACUUCAAAAUUAUUAUUAAAUUAUCGCAACGGGACACGGGCAAAAGAAUUCCUCUUUGUUUCCAGCGGAGGAGCAAAUGCCCUCAAUAGUUCGCGUUCAGUAGUGCCGGAUCUGCCCUUGGAACACGCCUUAGUCGCCGUCGACGUUCGUCUAAGAAGCAAAGCCAAUAAAAACAGAGGCACUGUGAGUUACAAGUGAAAUCUCCCGUGUUGUUGCAAGUGGAAGAAAGCAAAAAAAAACAAGAAGAAGAAGAACAAGAAGACAUACACCACCACACAGCUCCAGCAGCAACAACAGCAGUUUGUCGUUGCAGUAUUGAAUAUCAAAACGGAGCGAUCAUAGGCGGUGGAAUCCGAUCACGUUUUUCGUUUAGUCUCUUGGUUUUGUUUUAUUAGUUUAUUUUAUUUUGCGUUGCCUCCGACGCCUAACCGACGACGACAACGGGUGGAUUCGGGUUGGUUGGGAUCCUUUUUGCCAGUGUAACGCAACGCGACACUCCAGCCACCCCGCAUAACGAGUAGCGGCCUGUACCCCGGCAAUAGCCUCUCAAACCCCUCCGACACGAAACACACCACACCAUCCAGCAACAAUGGCAAACAGUCCGCGGGCCGGUGGCGGUGCACAGCGACCAAAUGGCGCCACACAGAACAAAAUCUGCCAGUUCAAGCUGGUCCUGCUGGGUGAGUCGGCCGUCGGAAAGUCCUCGCUAGUGUUACGGUUCGUCAAAGGUCAGUUCCACGAGUACCAGGAGAGUACGAUCGGUGCGGCCUUCCUCACGCAAACAGUCUGCAUCGACGACACGACGGUCAAAUUCGAGAUCUGGGACACUGCUGGACAGGAAAGGUACCACAGUCUCGCCCCAAUGUACUACCGAGGUGCUCAGGCAGCUAUUGUUGUCUACGAUAUUCAGAAUCAAGAUAGUUUUGCACGUGCUAAAACGUGGGUUAAAGAGCUUCAGCGACAGGCAUCGCCGAACAUUGUGAUUGCGCUGGCCGGUAACAAAGCCGAUCUCGCCAACAAACGCAUGGUUGACUACGAGGAGGCUAAGCAAUACGCGGACGAAAACGGACUGCUGUUCAUGGAGACGUCGGCCAAAACCGCUGUGAAUGUUAAUGACAUCUUUCUUGCAAUAGGUAAAAAAUUGCCUAAAAACGAGGGUGCUGGACAGCAGCAAAACAUAAGACCCACUCAGAACGAACAAAGUCGACAGAAUAGCGGUUGCUGCAGCAAGUGAUGUUAUUCAGCUGCAAGCUUUUUGUUAAUUGUAACAAAUACCGAGGAUGGUUUAAGGAAAUUUGUCAUUAUGAUGGUAGGAAGUAAGACCGAUUCCAAACUAGUUAUGCUAUACUAAGAACAAUAGUGAAAAUGAAACAAAAAAAUAUUUCAGCAAACCCUACAACCUUAACACACAUAUACACAAAACAAAAACACAUAGUGAAAGUAAAAUCAGCAAACAAUUCAAACAGAUCUUAACACAUAUGGAAAAAUGACUGUGAAUCGUGGGAAGGACACAACAACACAGAACCAGACCAGUAAAAUCCACACAAACUCACACAACCAACACAGCUAGAUAAAAAGCAUCUUCAUAAAAUGUUUGAUGAAGUUGAAACGCAGAUGAAGCAGGAAACCGGACAGAUUGUGUAAUUCCAUUUGUUAGUUGACCUGAACAAACAGAAGGACCGGCAAAAGUUUAUGAAUAUAACUUUAUUGAAGAGAAUUAAACACACAAAAACCAAAAAUAGUGCAACUCAUUCAAAAAGAAAGCAACACACUAAAAAACACAAACUAUGACAGAUAACCACCUCCCUUUUUCCGCAUAGUUUUUCUUACGAAUCCUUCUUUAUUUUCCGCCUCGCAAGUCCAUACAGUGAGGUGGGUUUGUUAUUUUUGUCCCCUCAACCAUCCCUCCCUAGCCCUUCCCUUCUAAUAUAACGAAAUCUUCGUGGAAAUAUAUUUAUUGCUAAACUACAAACUUUAAAUAUAUAUUAAUAUAUUUAAUAAAAGAGAAGAAUACAAUAUCCAAUCUAGUAACGACAACAACCACACAAGGGUAAAGAAUGAUGUGCGAGCGAGGAGUGCAAGGGGGCAGAGUGGCGACAACGUCGAACGAUUUCCCUCAACUAGAACACAAUUUGCAAAGUAGGGAGUACCCCGUUUGGCAGAAUGCUGCUUGGAUUAGCUGUACCAUUCAAAAAUGGCUUCCACAAAUCAUGCUUUGUGCGAAUGUUCACGUUAUGGUGACUACUAUAUCAGUAAUAUGAUGAUACAGUGAAUGAUUAUCAUAAUAGUUUAUUGCAACUCGAAGAAUCUUUUACAAUAUAAGAUGUGAACUAAAGCUUGUAAUGGUUACCAUUGUUGGAACAAAUACCAUAUGGUCGUAUAUGGUACCAUGAAUAGUGAAAACAUAUUUAGGAAUCAAAUGGAACAGGAUAAACAUCGUAUUUACUAUACCAGCUACCAGCUCUGUGUCUAUGCAGAAUUAUGCCUAACGGAGUCCUCUUUGACAAAAGCGAGCACUUUUCCAACACGAUGACGAUGUGAGUAUGUAUAACUUAUAGGAAACGACGUGGCAAUGAAGGGUACGCUUUUUUGUAUCUAACUGUAACGGAUGAGAGAAGGAUAAAGGAUACACCCGUUUGUUAAUUUUCUCCCAUAGAACAUUUUUUGUUUAUUUUUAUGGUAAAACGCAAAUGCGGAAAAACAUAGUGAAACAAAUGUAUGAAAUUAUGAUAAAUAGUUACGUACAAUUUAGAAGGCAGUGGAGGCACGCCUAAAUGGCAUAACGUCGUUUGGCAUAAGGAUGGGUGCAGAUUGACGUAAACAUUACGUUUGUUUGUUGCGAAAGCAGCAUUUCUGACAAAUGUCCUUUAUGUCCCAUAGUUUUAUGUGAAAUGAUGUCAAGCCAUUGCGUUCUCCCUCGAAAAAAAAAAUAACCAAGCAGUUGAUUUACAUCAAAUAGAAGAAACAGUACUACUAUUCUAUAGAUUCCAAUGAUUCUUGUAUUCUGAGCGGAUAGAGAAAUCUAAUAAUUUUCGCCUAAGUUCUGUAGUAGCAUUUAAAAAGCUUGCACUGUCUUCCCAAGGGACAAUUUCAUGUCUAAUGGACUUGAAGAGAUUCCAACAACCGUCAUAUAGCUAAUUCAGGUUUUAUGGUGGCUGUUUAAUCCUCUUUACAGAUGAGCGGACAUUGAAUUGUCGCUUGGGUCACCUCUAGUGUCGUUUCGCCGACAAAUGCUUCGAUGAAUGCCUGUCUGUAUGUCGCUAUAAAUGUUGUAUCACCAGCUGCUGCAGUAAAACACAAUUUUCUUCUCAUUUUUUGGAUAACGGACAACUUUCGGCGAAACGGCAUUAGAGAUGAUCGAGCUUAGCUUGUAAAAACACCCGUCACUUUGAAUCUUGUCACAAAACUUUUUCCUGUUUCCCCCUAUUUUUAGAACGUUUCAGUUUUUACACAAACCACGAACCCCCUUUCAAAACUAGGUAAACAACUACGGAAAUUGUUGAAAUCAAAAUUCAAGCGAUAUCAGAUGUGUGUGAUUAGCUAAAAAUGUAUGAGUUAAUAAGAAAUGUCCUCCCUCCCUAUAUUUGUAUGAAAGAAUUAUGAUCAAAUAUUUAUUUCAGCGCCCUAAUCAGCGCUGACCCUAAUUCGAAUUGAUAUAAUUGACACAAAGAUUUAACUGAUGUGAGAUUCGUUUUUAUCUCCCACAACUGAACAAAAGAGAUAUUUUUUUCUUUGUUACAUUUCGCCUAUUCUGUGUAGUGAUAAUACAGUAAACGGUAAAACAAAAAAGCAGUGUAAUAUUUGAUCCUAAACAAAACAAAAACCUGCAAAAAGCGGAGAACAAAAUGAAAGUAAAACACAAGAAAGAAGAAGAUAAUACAGUUUGAGCAUGUAAUAACCGACAUUCCUUUUUUAAAAAUCGAAUUGAAAUUAGCGAAAUGAGAAAAAAAGAAGAAAAAGAAAA